AUGACCUCAGACUCGGAUCCCCCGCCAUCGUCGAAGGCCCCGGAGCAGGGGCGCACCCGCUCUCCGUCGGAGAGCUUCUACGCCCUCAGCGACGACGAGGAGGGCGAGUACAACACCAUAACCCAUAGCGAGACCGGUCGCGGUGUGAAGUUGCUCUUCUCAAAGAGCAAGGUCUACGUCCACCCCACGCCCUCGGCCAAGGACAACAUUCCCGGGUACAUUGCGCUGCUCCAGCAAAAAGGCAAACGAAGCGAACGACCGACUUCCUCGUCCUCCCGCGACUCGAAGAACCCAUCCGCCGAUGACUUGUUGCUAGCAUGGCUCCCCGAAACCUCGCUCGGCGACGUCGAGAGUAUAUACGUGAAGGUAGACCUUAGUGAAGGCGAGUCGCCACCGAAGCAGUCGUACCUCGUUCCGCCCCCGCCGACGGUCACGUCCCACCGAGGUUCUGUCGGCACGUAUGCCUUUGCGAUUCCCGUCGGCGCGAUCUACUCGCUCCUCGUGCGGCCGCCUAGUCUGGGAUGGUGGUUCGGGUCGCUGAUUAUCAACUCGCGCGCCGGCGACAGCUUCCCCGCGCUCUUCUUCCAUGACAGCGAAUGCCAGAGCACGAUUCUUAAGAGGAAGAGGCGGACCAGGGAUAGCUUCGACCCGUUUGGCGAGAAUGGACAGAUGUUCUGGGGAGGCGAUGAGGUUUUGCGUUGGUUAAAGCGAUAUGUGCCCAUCGAACGAUCGGGUGCAGAGCCAAACAUCUACCUAGUAGACCCGUCCAAGGAGGAUAGCGAGGCCUUCGGCGGGAAGCCCACUGCCAGUACAGCUCAGCGGAAUGAGGCUUCAGGGUCCAGGGCAGGCGGAUCUGGCGCAGAUGCGCAGAUGGACCCCUUCGUGAAGCUGAUCAAGGAGACCGGUUGGAACAUCAUGGAGAAGUUCAGCAAGGUCACGACUUUUACGCGGAGGGCGGCUCAGGAUGUGAUGCAGAACCCAAACGUGCCGCCGCAGGUGAAGAGACUGCUGCGCAACCCGGAGGUUCAAACGCUGCAAGAGGAGUUUGACAGCGCGAGAAUAUACCUCGCGCGCUGGGCUAUGGGUAUCGCUGAACAGAGCGAACGUGAUCGUAGCCAGAGGAUAUGGACUGCUAAGGAAGUCUUGGAGCUCGAGGAUACCGACGUCGGGGAAUUUGAGCUUCUCGAUGGCAGUAGUACCCUGUCUCUGGAAGAAAGGAGGAAGCCGGUUACGUUAACGGAGUGGAACACAUUCUUUGAUCCGCGGACUGGCAGGCUUUCCGUUACAGUGGACGAGGUUAAGGAAAGAGUAUUCCAUGGCGGAUUCGACCCUGACGAUGGCGUACGGAAGGAAGCUUGGCUGUUCAUUCUGGGAGUUUACGACUGGUACAGCACAGCGGAAGAGCGCAAGGUCCAGAUUGCGUCCCUGAGAGAUGAGUACGUUAAGCUCAAGGGCGCAUGGUGGGAGAGACUCGUGGAUAUGGGAGGUAAUGGCGAGGAUGGAGAGUGGUGGCGCGAGCAGCGCAAUCGCAUCGAAAAGGAUGUCCACAGAACAGACCGCAACGUCCCCAUCUUCGCCGGGGAAGACAUCCCCCACCCGGACCCCGAGUCCCCCUUUUCCGAAGUUGGCACGAACGUCCACCUGGAGCAGAUGAAGGAUAUGCUCCUCACCUACAACGAGUACAACAAGGACCUCGGCUACGUGCAGGGCAUGUCAGACCUGCUCGCACCCAUCUACGCGGUGAUGCAGGACGAUGCCAUCGCCUUCUGGGGCUUCCAGCACUUCAUGGACCGCAUGGAGCGAAACUUCCUGCGCGACCAGUCCGGUAUGCGCGCCCAGCUUCUCACCCUUGACCACCUCGUUCAGUUCAUGGACCCCAAGCUAUAUGAGCAUCUCAAGUCGGCCGACAGCACCAACUUCUUCUUCUUCUUCCGCAUGUUGCUCGUAUGGUACAAGCGCGAGUUUGAAUGGUUGGACGUGUUGAGGUUGUGGGAGAUCCUGUGGACGGAUUACUUGAGCAGCAGCUUCCACUUGUUUGUGGCGCUGGCUAUUCUUGAAAAGCAUCGCGAUGUUAUCAUGACUCAUCUACAGCACUUUGAUGAGGUUUUGAAAUACGUCAACGAGCUCUCCAACACCAUGGACCUCGACUCAACACUCAUCCGCGCUGAGGCUCUCUUCCGCCGCUUCCAGCGCCUCGUCGAGGCCGUCGACAAGAAGGGCAACUUCCCAGCCCCCAAGAAGCUCCGCGAUCCUCCCGGAUCUCCGUCAAAGGCGGACGACGCGGCGCCCAAGCAAGGUCAAAACGGGACUGGACCAGCAACGUCGCCUCGAAAAGACACCGGCAAGGCGCAAGAGGAGCCGCAGGUCAAGAAGGUGAUCACGCCGGAGCUGAGGGAGUUGCUUAGCCGUAAGGUGGUCGUGCUGCCGCGCAAGACGGUGGAGAAAAAGGGUGACGGACCUAACAGGUCAUGA